CAUACCGAAGCUGUCAAACCAGUCCCCCGUGUCCGAAUAAACCGCACUUCCUCUCCUAAAAUACAGCGGCGGGGGUCCGGUAUCCCGAGCACUGUCAUUAUCCUGCAAUGUGAGUCCCCCCCCCCUCCCUCCUCCAGCCCGGCGGGACGGAACGUGCAAUGCCUGAGGCCGGUCGUGUGUAGCCGGUGUUUUGGGAUGGGGUGCACGGAUUUCCCGGGGGUGUUCACUCGGUGUGUGCACUGAGAGACGUGCACGGUGUAGGCCUGCGUGUGACUGGAUACAACGGAGCAGACGGGGGCCCACCGGUAGAUACACUGAGUGUGGCAACAGAAUGAAGACAAUUAGAGUCUUGGGUUUUCCAGAUGUUCACCAUACCUAAAGACUAGGAGCCAAUCAGGUUCCCCCCAAAUGACUGGCAGUCAUUUAAAAACCUCUAAGCGGAGUUCCUCGGGUCACUGAUUCUGUCAGCUUUGGAGGGACAGAGAUUUUUUUCUUCAAGAUGCUGAUUAAGGAAUAUCGCAUCCCGCUUCCCAUGACUGUGGAGGAAUACCGGAUUGCACAGCUCUACAUGAUCCAGAAAAAGAGCAGAGAAGAGACAUGUGGGGAAGGCAGCGGUGUGGAAAUCUUGGAGAACAGACCAUACAUAGACGGUCCUGGGGGCUCUGGUCAGUACACACACAAGGUGUAUCACAUCGGCAUGCACAUCCCCAGCUGGUUUCGAUCCAUCUUACCCAAAGCUGCCCUGCGAGUCGAAGAAGAGUCUUGGAAUGCAUAUCCCUAUACACGGACCAGGUACACUUGCCCCUUUGUGGAGAAGUUUUCCAUAGAUAUAGAAACAUUUUAUAAAUCUGACUCUGGAGAACUUGCCAAUGUAUUCAACCUUUCUCCUGCUGAAAAGAGGCAAGCAGUACUGGAUCCGAUUGAUAUUGUUAAAGAUCCAAUCCCCCCGCAUGAGUACAAGCCCGAAGAGGACCCUAAAGUAUACAAAUCUAUGAAGACUAAAAGAGGCCCACUAUCUGAUGACUGGAUUGAGGACUAUAGGAAUAACUUUGGGGGAUGCCCCAUCAUGUGUGCCUACAAACUGUGUAAAGUGGAAUUUCGCUACUGGGGCAUGCAGUCCAAAAUUGAGAGGUUCAUACAUGAUGUUGGUCUUCGGAAAGUUAUGGUCAGAGCACAUAGGCAAGCUUGGUGUUGGCAAGAUGAAUGGUGGGGACUAACCAUUGAAGAUAUCAGACAACUGGAGAAAGAAACACAACUGAUGUUGGCCCAGAAAAUGGCGCAGUUUAGUAUUAGUGAAAAUGAAGCAGAACAGCAUGGAGCUAAAGAAUCUCCUGGUGAGAAGGAUUCAGAGACCAAGGCCAUUACCUCUAUAGAAACAGUUGACGAACCAAGCGGCAUAACUGAGUCACUUUCUGGAAGAGGACUAACCAAGCAGUGGUCUACUUCCUCUAGAUCAUCCAGAUCAUCAAAGAGAGGAGCUAGUCCAUCUAGGCACAGUAUAUCAGAAUGGAGGAUGCAGAGCAUAGCCAGGGACUCAGAUGAGAGCUCGGAUGAUGAGUUUUUUGAUGCUCAUGAAGAUUUGUCAGAUAAUGAGGAGGUGUUGCCUAAAGAAAUUACAAAAUGGAGCUCAAACGACCUGAUGGACAAGAUUGAAACAGCUGAGACAGAUGAAUUACAAGAUGAUUCCUACCAUGAAACUGCAGAGUACACGGUCAGCUGUAGUGUGGAAGGAUUAAGUAUAAUGGAGAGGCACACCGCUGUUCUCCUUGCACAAGUCAUUCCCAGCAUUCCAGCUGUCACUCUCACAAAUGUCAUUACAAGUUCCCCAGCUUUGGCUUCAGAUGAAUCAGCACAAGCCUCCAUGCAACCAUGUAAAGUCCAUGUUCUAAUCCUGGUACUUCAUGGAGGUAAUAUCCUGGAUACUGGCUGCGGAGAUCAGAAUUCCAAGCAGGGUGACGUCAAUACCAUCAAGUCUGUGUUUGACACAGUAAUGAGGGUGCAUUACCCAGCGGCUUUAGGACACAUUGCAGUCAGGCUCGUUCCCUGCCCAGCCAUCUGCGCGGAAGCAUUUUCACUGGUAUCCAACUUGAGUCCAUACAGCUAUGAUGAAGGCUGUUUGUCAAACAGUCAGGACCACAUCCCUCUUGCUGCCCUUCCACUCCUGGCCACCUCCUCUCCACAGUACCUGGAAGCUGUAGCAAUGGUUAUUCAUCGAGCCAACCAAGUCUAUUUGGAUUUCACUAAAUCACAAGAAGGCAUGUCUUUUACUGGGCAGGUUUGUUUGGUUGGUGACUGUGUUGGGGGAAUUUUAGGAUUUGAUGCCUUAUGUUACAGCAAUCAAACUGUGUCUGAAAGCCAGAACAGCAGCCGAAGAGGAAGUGUUGUGAGUGUUCAGGACACAGACCUCCUGUCUCCAGGCAUCAGCGUCAACAACAGUUACUGCAGUAGUUCAAACCUGGAGACUAGCAGGCACUUGAGCCGAAGUAACAUUGACAUACCUCGGAGCAACAGUGAAGAUCCAAAGAAACAGCUUCCACGAAAGAAAAGUGAUUCCUCCACAUACGAGCUGGACACCAUCAAGCAACAUCAAGCUUUUCUUUCUAGUUUACACUCAAGCGUCCUGAGAAAUGAUCCAGGGUCUCGAAGAUCGAGCAGCUCAACAAUGCUGGAUGGAGGCAGCAUUGGGAAGUUUGAAUUUGAGAUUUCCGAUUUCUUCUUAUUUGGGUCCCCUCUUGGACUAGUACUGGCUUUGAGGAAGACUGUGAUUCCUGCUCUCGACAUUUUCCAGCUUAGGCCUGGCUGCCAGCAAGUUUACAACCUGUUCCAUCCAGCUGAUCCAUCUGCAUCCCGCAUUGAACCUCUUCUAGAGAAGAAGUUCCAUCUGAUGCCUCCUUUCAAUAUCCCUCGAUAUCAGAGGUUCCCAUUAGGGGAUGGUAAUUCUGCUCUCCUGGUUGAGGCUGUACAGAACAACCCCAUCCUUCUCAUGGAAGGCAGCCCAGCGGUUGCUCUCCAGCGUCAAGAUGGCGUCAUGGAAACCAGUAUCGCUGUUCCUGUCCUAAGCUGCCAAGACACUUCCAGUAAAUCUGCCACUUGCGCUGAGUCGGAUGUUGUUCAGUUUCAUGGUGCAGUCUUCGUGGAAAAUGCCUCCCCUUCCUCCCCCAUAACAGCUCCCCACUUCAGGGGGUACAGAAGAGCAAGUGAAAUCAGCAUUGCAAGUCAGGUUUCUGGAAUGGCCGACAGUUACACGGCUUCAAACAUAGCCAACAAAACAAAAAAUCAUCUUAACAAUUUCAAAAAGCUAAGUCUUCUGUCACAGCUUGCCCUCCCUUCCAAACCUAACACAAAAACAAGUUCCCCCACAAAACAUAAUCAGUACCAUACUGAGCAGAGUCACAUAGGAAGAAUGCUAGAGGUGGGGGAUUGGAAGCACAGCACCAGCCCAGGCAUCCAAGGCUCCGACAUCUCCAAAGUUGCAGCAAAGUGGUGGGGCACAAAAAGGAUUGACUAUGCCCUCUAUUGUCCAGAUGCCCUCACUGCUUUCCCAACAGUUGCUCUUCCUCACCUUUUCCAUGCCAGUUAUUGGGAAUCCACAGAUGUUGUUUCAUUUCUAUUGAGACAAGUCAUGAGACAUGAAACGGCAAGUGUCUUGGAAUUGGUUGGAAAAGAAGUUUCUGUGUUCAGCCCCUCAAAACCAAGGGAAAAGUGGCUAAGGAAACGAACACACGUGAAACUAAGGAAUGUUGCUGCUAACCACAGAAUUAAUGAUGCUGUAGCCAAUGAAGAUGGGCCUCAGACUCUCGCUGGAAGGUUUAUGUAUGGCCCCCUUGACAUGGUCACACUCACUGGGGAAAAGGUGGACAUUCAUAUUAUGACUCAACCACCUUCUGGGGAAUGGGUUUACUUUGAUACUGAAAUAACUAACAGCAGCGGUAGGAUCUCUUAUGUGAUCCCGGAAAAUAAAAGACUUGGAGUUGGGGUAUAUCCUCUUAAAAUGGUUGUCAGGGGAGACCAUACAUUCACUGACAGCUACCUCCAUGUUUUACCAAGAGGAACAGAAUUUGUAGUGUUCAGCAUUGAUGGAUCUUUUGCUGCAAGUGUUUCCAUUAUGGGCAGUGACCCCAAAGUCAGAGCGGGCGCAGUAGAUGUAGUGAGGCACUGGCAGGAUCUUGGCUACCUCAUUAUUUAUGUGACAGGCAGACCUGACAUGCAGAAGCAAAGAGUGGUAGCAUGGCUUGCACAGCACAACUUCCCGCAUGGUAUAGUGUCUUUUUGCGAUGGAUUGGUCCACGAUCCUCUGCGACAUAAAGCAAACUUUCUGAAAAGCCUGAUUCAAGAUGUACACAUGAAAAUACAUGCAGCUUAUGGCUCCACAAAAGACAUCUCAGUAUACAGCGCUAUAGGUUUGUCACCAAUGCAGAUUUUUAUUGUAGGCCGACCCACCAAGAAGUUACAACACCAGUGUCAGUUUAUCACUGAGGGUUAUGCUUCUCACCUUGCCCAACUGGAAUACAGCCACCGAUCACGGCCUGCCAAGAACACAAACAGGAUAGCACUGCGGAAAGGAAGCUUCUGUCUUCCUGGUCAAACUGAUUUUCUGAGGAAGAGGAAUCACUUACUUCGUACGAUCUCAUCACAACCCACCAGUAGCAGCAACCACAAACCAGAAAGAACACAAAGUCAGUCUGAGAGUGACCGGGAUCGGGAAAAGGAACGCAGCCAAAGAAGUAUGAGUAUUGCAGCAGGAUGUUGGGGCAGGAGUGCAGCCAACGCCAAGCUGGAAACUGGCGUUUUAAGUCAGAAGUGAGCCCCCAUUAUUUUCUGGACAUUUUCUCAUGUGCUUGGCUCAUGUCAGUUUAUAGGUAGGCUGGGGACAGAAAGUGGAAGAGGCACAACUUUGUUGGAGAGACAGCGUUAACAAAAUGGUGCUACUAUAUACCAACAAUAGCAGAGUUUGUGAUCAGAAACGAUGAACUGCAGGCCUUAAAAAGGGUAGUCAUGCCCAAGGGAUAAUUAUCGGAGAACCACAGAGGGGGCAAAUCAAAUUCGUAAGCAGCCUCAUGUUUUUAUUUUUAUUUAAAGCAGGUUCGGUGACUUUCUGUUGUAAAUAUAUGCCUCCUAUACCUUAGCCAUGUCUGAAACAUUACUAGAAGAAUGCACAGCACACAUCCCGUUAAGAAGUACAUUAUAAACAUUCACCUAAAAGCUUGAGAGUCUGUUAAAUACUCAAGAAGAGGCAGCCUCAACAGAACAAGCUGGAAACUGGGGAAGACCAGUCGACUUCAGUCCUGUCCUUGUUGGCUUUCUGUCUUGCAAACUAAGGCACAACAAAUUAACAGAAACAUUUCUUCUUUUUUAUUCUGGGAAAAGGACGAAGACACAUGCAAUGACAAUAUUCCAGGACCUCUUGACAGUCUGCCUUGCUCAUUUCAAUAUGUUGUGGACCUAUGUAAAGAACACCUUUAUAACCAGAUGUGAAAGCAAUGCACAGGUAUACUUUGCUGUAGCUUUGGUGAUCAGAGGAUAAAUCCAAACCAGUAACCGAAGUCCUUUUGUAUCUAAAGUUCUUAAGAUUCUGUAAUUGUCCAGUUUGCUGCUUUUGCGUGUAGUUGCUCAACUGUACAACCUCAUUGUUUUCUUUGCACUGAUAAUUUUUAGAUUGGAGAUCUGUUACCAUCUCAUGUAGCUACACAUCCUUGUCUGUAGUGCAUGGUAAUUUAAAUAUUGCAAAGCCAGGGGAUAGAUAUUCUUAUUAUUUUGUGCUGUUGUUUCACCCCGGUAUGCAGCGUUAAAGCAGGCGUGCCAAAACAAAGGUAGAAACAAAAAGGCCAUAUCUCAAUUUCCCCAGCUCACUAUAUACUAGGGGGAAUGGAAAGUUUUUGGAACCUCUACAUACUCUGCUCUCUCAUAGGGUCAAAGAAAAAAAAAAGAUCCAAACAGCGAAUUUGUUUUCAUACCACUUAUUUAUUUAGGCCAGUUGACCACUUUUUUUUUUAGUACAGUAUAGGAAAUUACUGUACACUAAAACACUGUGAAAUCUCCCUGACUGUCACAGAACAGAAGCCAAAAAAGGGAUGUUUUCUACUUGAUAUAAAGUCUAAGACGGUGUGGGCACAAUGAGUAUCCUAAUUCUUUUACGGACUACUCUGUCCUGUGCGUCGCCGCCCUGGCUUAACAGGGAAUACACUUUAAGGCCAGUUUAAGAUUUUUCUAAACUACAGAGAGCAGGUUGUACCAAUUGUCUGCAUAUACAAAUAGAAACACCUUUCACUUUGCUCCUAAUAUAUAACGCAGAGCCAUGUUUAACAUCGGAAAGAUUAGAUAACAUACAUAUUACACUGCAUGUUAUAUAAUGCACAUUUACCUAUUGAUUUUUCUGCCCCCCUCAAAAAAAAAAAGUUUAUUUUUACAAAUAAUCUUUGACUUUAUAUUUAUAUAAUUGUUAGAAUUGGUAAAAUAAUUUUAGGAUAUCUUUUGCAUGACAGCUAAAAGAUAAAAAUUUGCUGUCAUAGUAGUUAGAAGAGGGAUUUCAAUAAUUCACUACUUACAAUGUAAAGCACAGUAGACGUGUAUUGUAAGCUUUUAGCGAUGGGUGUGACCAUGGAGGUCUUAGGAUACAUCUUACGGAAGGUCACUGCUAAAAACAAUAAGAUUUAUCCUUAACUGGGCAAUUGACACAUAUAAGGCCUCUUUCACAUGACCGUAUGGCUUUUUCAGUAUUUUGCGGUCCGCAAAAAACGUAUCUGCAAAAAAUACGGAUGAUGUCAGUGUGCAUUCCGUUUUUUGCGGAACGGAACAGCUGG